ACACGUGCGGCUCGCGCAUCAGGGCUCGUGGCAGCAUCUUGGUGCGAGGACAGACAGUUGUACCUGAGCGCGUCCAAACUCCUCGCGCACUGAUAUCCUUCUGAGUCAAAAGUCCCUUAACAGUUUAUACCAUCCUGACUAUUUUAAGUGAGGGGAUUAAAGGGUUCACUUUCAUACCUUGAGAAGCAGCAGCCGGCAGGUAUCAUUUAUUUUGGAGGAGACUGAGGCGCAAGCGAGGUGUUAUCCUAAACCAGCCGUGGACCAAGCCUCAGUCCUCAGUUUCUUCAUGGCAAGAGGACUGAACGAUGUGUGCCUAGCAUGGCUGUGGCUCCUGAACCGACCAGCCAGGGACCGGUAUGGCUUUUAGCCGCGUCUGUAAAUUGGACCCCCCGUCCCGAGGUAUCUUUAGGAAACCGGCGGUCAUGCUGUGCUCCCUCCUCACCUCCCUCUUCCUCCUGCACUGCCUCACCGAGCGCUGCAGCACCACCAUGCCCUCCCCGCUGAAAUCCUCCAGCCGGCUUGUGGGGGUUUUCGCCGCCGACCUGGAAGACUUAAGGUCGCCGAGGAGGAAGAGACUGGUGUACAAAUGGACCUCCGGCUCGGACGGGAUGAGCUACGGGGCCGGCAGGCGCUACACGCGGGUCAGCGGGGAUGAGGACGCUGGUCAGGUUGUGGAGCAGGACGGAGCCCCGGAGCUGGACAGCGCGCCGCCGGAGGACUCUCUCCUCCUGCCGCCUCUGGAUAUAGUCCCCUCCAGGAAAGUGUCGCCGAGGUUUGCAGGUAAACUCAGCCCGCUGGGGGAGGGAACGAAGAAGCUACCCCAAGCUCUCAUCAUCGGAGUGAAGAAAGGAGGCACCCGGGCUCUGCUGGAGUUUCUCCGGGUUCACCCCGACAUCAGAGCCGUGGGAGCGGAGCCGCACUUCUUCGACCGCAACUAUGACAAUGGACUGGAGUGGUACAGGGAGCUGAUGCCCAAGACCCUGGAGGGCCAGAUCACCAUGGAGAAAACCCCCAGCUACUUUGUGACCAGAGAGGCGCCGGCCAGGAUCUCCGCCAUGUCCCGGGACACCAAGCUAAUCGUGGUGGUGCGGGACCCCGUCACCAGGGCGAUCUCGGACUACACGCAGACGCUGUCUAAGAAGCCCGACAUUCCCUCCUUCGAGAGCCUGACCUUCAAAAACAGGACUACGGGGCUCAUCGACACGUCGUGGAGCGCCAUCCAGAUCGGCAUCUACGCCAAGCACCUGGACAACUGGCUGCAGUACUUCCCCAUGGAGCAGAUCCUGUUUGUGAGCGGCGAGCGUCUGAUCAGCGACCCGGCCGGCGAGCUGGGCCGCGUGCAGGACUUCCUGGGGCUCAAGAGGAUCAUCACAGACAAACACUUUUACUUCAACCAGACCAAGGGCUUCCCGUGCCUCAAGAAGGCGGAGGGCAGCAGCAAGCCCCACUGCCUGGGCAAAACCAAAGGGCGGACCCACCCGAACAUUAACCCCGAGGUGGUGCAGAGGCUACGGGACUUCUACCGGCCCUUCAACAUGAAGUUCUACCAGAUGACGGGGCGAUUUUUUGGCUGGGAUGAAUGAAUGUGUUUGUUUUGACACUGAGGUCUGUCGACUGUAAAAUAUGGCCUAAGUCAGCCACAGCACUAAGCCUAAGCAAUAUGUGUCUGUGAGAGAGCAGAGCGAGAGGCCUAAUCUGCCCUCUGUGGCACGCCAGAUAUGCAAUGUUAUGUUGUUACAUAUUCCAUCAUCAGAGCUGCCUCAAAUCCACUAUCAGAAAAAUACACAGAGAUUUCUUCUAAAUAAAAAAAAAAAAAAA